AUGACCGUGGAUGGAGUUGAAAAGACCAGGCAGGUCUUGGAGAAGCUAUUUUUACCUAUUUUGCUCCUACGAGCGGCAAAAAAAAGGGAUGAAUGGAUGAACCAAAAGCUGUGUAAGUGUUUGCCCUUUCCGGAUGAAAAUACUUUACGCCAGACCUGGCUCUUUUCCAAGUGGCCCACGUCCGCUUUAAAAGCGGUGCUUGAGCGCUCCACCUUAAAAGCCUUCGCGCCUGGAAGAAUUGUAGGGUUGGAGGGGGAGCCUCGCAGGCAUUUAUCCGUUUUUUAUGUCGUCUCCGGCAAAGUUAGCCACAUUCCAACCAAAAAAGAAAUGUGGGCGCUCGCCCUGUACGUUCCGGAGCGAAUUGAGUCCAAAUACCACAAAUCGGACCCGUUGAAGUGGUUUCGCUAUAAAAAUUUCGAGCAAAACGGGACUGCCGGGGCGUCGGUGAGUAUUUCUCGCGAUCUUUUGCUUGGCAAUCUUCACAUUUAUCGUGUCGGCCAGUUAGUGGAUGUGGAGUUUUUGCUUUUAGGGGCCCCCACCCGACCUCGUUCGAUCCAAUGUCGGGACGAAUCCAUCCUACUCGACAUCCCGCUUGAUGUGAUUUUAAUGCAGUUUUAUUCCUUAAAACCCUAUACCCGUCAGGUCGCCCUCGACAAAGCGCGCUCGACAGGCUGUCUGAAUCUCGCGAAAGGAAAUGAUAAGCCCUCUUUUAAGGAUAUUCUCUACUACAACCCCGUUCUGCAAGGCCUAUCCACCGGCAAUGUUGAGCACACCUGGAUGAAGUUGACGCCCUUUUUGUUCUGCAAGGGCGAAGUCAUCUGCGGCGAUGUCUACCAUUCGGCGGUGGUGUAUUUUAUCAAAAGCGGCCAGGUGAGCAUCACCUCGUCCAAUUCGAAGGAGACCAAAAUUAUCGAUCAGUGCGCCUCGCAUAUCGGGCUGGAUAGCUUUAUGGUUCACACGGUGCCCUCGUGCAUUGGCGAUCAUCAUAUGGCGGUGGCGCGUGGGUUUUGUAUUUUGUGGGGAAUCCCCACAAGCGAGCUGAGUAGCCUUUGCAGCCCGCUGGACCUCCUGAACUGCUCGUUGUUGGCGUCGAAGAUGGUCCGGCAUAAGUGGAGCCGGCUGAAUAUCACGGGAUGCUUGCGGAAAUUGGUCGCCUUCACCCCGCUCUCGAAUGAUUGUCUGAAUGGGAUCGCAAAGGGUUUGGUGGCGCGCGUGUAUCCGCCGGGGAAGCGGCUGAUGUCGUGUGGGGAAUUAAAGGGAGGGGUGAUCGUGUUAGUGGGGAAAUGCGCACUGGGGAAGAUAACGGAGAAUGUCCGGCGCAUCACUUGUGGGGAGCCGCUAUAUUUUUGCGAAUCUUUGCUCAACAUGGCAGCACCGAAGCCGAUUUUUGCGGAAACGAGUACUAUGGUUUUGCAUUGUCCAUCCAAGGUGAUUUUAGACGCCGUGCAGGUCUUUGAUAAUGCCUCGAAUAUUACCAAUCUUUUAAAGAUGGCGAAUGAAUUUGUGGUGGGGAAAUAUAAUCUCGACAUCUCCAAGACGGGAAUUGCCCAACAACGCGCUGCCCAACGGGUAUGGGAGGCGAAGAAAAAACAACAUCUGAUCGCUUCGCUGAACAAAAAAGAACAGAUGGCGGAAACGCAAAUAAAAGGUGAGAACAAUUUCUUAGGAACCGCAAUACUCGAAAACAACAUUUUGACAAAUUUGACUUUACAACUUCAAUCGCUUCGGUAUAACGAGGAGGAAGCGCAGCGGUAUCACUUUCUUCACGAAGUACAGGUUUUACACAACCCACACCUAGACCCAUCACCUGUACCUUAUCGAAGCGAUGAGCACUUUACAAUUGACAAGAAUGGUAAACUCGUGUUUUGCAAAAUGAAAAAGAAAAAAAAUAAAAUUAAACGUUUGGUAUCGAUAAAUAGAAUAUAUGUCAAUGUAAAAAAUGAUUGCAAAAAAGUCUCAAAUGACGAAAUCGUUAAACUUCCCCAAGUAGAUAAACCUAUCAGUGAUAGUUUACUGUCUUAUCAAAAAUCUAAGUCUAAUCGUGCAAGUAUAUUAGCAACAAUAAAUUCCCAUAUUUAA